GAUUUCAUGGCGCCCGGCGGCAGCCGAGCUCCGCCGUGAGCGCGCGUGCGCGAGCCGGAGCCCCGCCACCGGCCACGUGCCCAACAUCCGGGGCUGCGAGCGGCCGUUGGCUGCUCGGAACGAGCGACGCCGCGGUCUGAAAUAGUUGAGUCUGGAGCUGUCGGUGACGCUAUUCCCCUUCCUCGCCAGAGAAAGCGCCCGAGCAAACUGUACCCGGCACUCAAGGUGAAGGCGGAGAACAAAAAAAUCCUCUCGUUAAACUGCAAAAUGGAUGCACAUCUUGCUCACAGUAUCAACAGUCCGACCAGCCCCUGUAAUGACAUGUUGAAAAAUAUUAGUAAUUUGGAGGCUAUACAACUGUGUGACAGAGAAGGAAACAAAUCACAAGAUAGUGGCAUUGCUGAGAUGGAAGAGCUCGCUGUUCCUCAUAACAUAAAAAUAAACAACAUCACAUGUGAUUCUUUCAAAAUCUCAUGGAGCAUGGAUUCAAAAUAUAAAGAUCGUAUCACACAUUACUUUAUUGAUCUGAACAAGAAAGAAACCAAGAAUUCCAAUAAAUUCAAGCACAAGGAUGUUCCUACUAAACUGGUGGCAAAAGCAGUUCCUCUGCCAAUGACAGUGCGUGGUCACUGGUUCUUGAGUCCCAGAACAGAGUAUACUGUAGCUGUUCAGACUGCCUCAAAACAAGGUGAUGGCGAUUAUACUGUUUCUGACUGGAGCGAAGUUGUGGAAUUCUGUACUGCAGACUAUUCCAAGGUUCAUCUAACACAGUUGAUGGAAAAAGCUGAAGCAAUUUCAGGACGGAUGUUGAAGUUUUCAGUUUUCUAUCGUAACCAACACAAAGAAUACUUUGACUAUGUUCGGGAGAAACAAGGGAAAAUAAUGCAACCUUCCGCAAAAGAUAACAGUGGCAGUCAUGGUUCCCCCAUCAGUGGGAAACUGGAAGGCAUUUUCUUUAGCUGCAACACUGAAUUCAACACUGGAAAACCUCCACAUGAUUCACCUUAUGGCAGAUACCGCUAUCAGAUCCCUGCUAGCAAACUCUUCAACCAAAACACAAACCUCUAUUUUGGAGAUUUUUAUUGUAUGUAUACAGCUUACCACUAUAUCAUCCUUGUUAUUGCACCUGUGGGAUCAGCAGGAGAUGAAUUCUGCAAGCAACGACUUCCUCAGCUAAAUAUCGCAGACAACACAUUCCUGACAUGCACUGAGGAGGAUGGUAGGCUGGUUUAUCAUCAUGUUCAGGAUGCUAUUUUAGAAAUAAUCUACACCGACCCUGUGGAUCUCUCUCUUGGUACCGUGGCUGAGAUCAGUGGCCAUCAGUUGAUGAGUCUGUCCACAGCAAAUGCAAAAAAAGAUCCUAGUUGCAAAACCUGUAAUAUUAGUGUUGGGCGUUAACUGAACAGUG